AUGGCAGCGGAGCGCGUUUAUGAAGCAUGGAAAGGAAGUAAUAAAUUCCUAUUUGGAGGAAGGUUGAUAUUUGGACCUGAUGCUAGGUCACUGAUUGUCACCUUGUUGCUGAUCAUUGUUCCAGUUAUCGUCUUUUGUGUAUUUGUAGCAAGGCAUCUUCGGCAUGAAUUUUCUUCAUAUAAUGCAGGAUAUGCUAUUUUGGUGAUGGCAGUUCUCUUUAAUAUUUAUGUGUUGAUUCUUCUCUUUCUUACUUCCUCACGUGAUCCGGGUGUUAUUCCAAGGAAUUUACAUCCUCCAGAAGAAGAGUUCCGAUAUGACACUUCAGUUUCAGUUGAUAUUGGGGGACGCCAAACUCCAAGCCUUCAGUUCCCUCGAUCAAAAGAAGUUAUGGUCAAUGGCCAUCCGGUGAGGGUGAAGUAUUGUGAUACUUGUAUGCUGUAUCGUCCUCCUCGAUGUUCGCAUUGCUCCAUUUGCAACAAUUGUGUUGAACGUUUUGAUCACCAUUGCCCUUGGGUGGGCCAAUGUAUUGGGCUGAGAAACUACCGUUACUUCUUUCUGUUUGUUUCUUCGGCAACUAUUCUAUGUAUCUAUGUGUUUUCCAUCUCAGCUUUUUACAUUAAGGUUCUGAUGGAUCAAUAUCACGGGACAGUUUGGAGGGCAAUGAAAGAAUCCCCUGCAUCAGUUAUAUUAAUGGCAUACUGCUUCAUCUCUUUGUGGUUUGUUGGUGGACUUACUGGCUUUCAUUUGUAUCUUAUUGGGUCCAAUCAGACUACCUAUGAGAACUUCCGGUACAGAGCCGAUAACAGGAUCAAUGUUUACAACCGGGGUUGUUUAAACAAUUUCAUGGAAGUAUUUUGUACAAAGGUGAAGCCCUCAAGAAACAAUUUUCGGGCUUUUGUUCAAGAGGAGGUACCGAGGCCACCCCCUCCUAUCAUUUCCCGGGAAUCUGAACCCGAUCAGGGUGGAGACCCUCGUUCUAAAGUUGAAGACGAUCUAGACAUCGGCGAAGACCUGUUAAAGAUAUCGCAGCGGCGGAAUAUCGAAGAAAUCGACGAGGACAUCCGGAGCAGAGGGAGCAAUGGACCUCCCCAUAACACAUCUGAAGUUGAUUCAGUUUUGGGUUCAGAUCGCCGGGCCCCAACAAUUCGAGCCGAAGCAAGGCACUCAAGUGAGGAAAGAAGUGAAAGCUGGGAAAUUGCCUCUGAGGUCCUUGCCAAUUCAAAUGUUACUGAAAGUAGAGGCUAUGCUGCAUCAAAGGAGGUGCGCCAAAAACUUGGUGGCUCUUUCUGA